CCAGCCCAGGUCUCUCAGCCUGGCUCCAGAGCAAAGGUCACUGAAGCAAGUGCAGGACCCAGCCCAGGAAGCCUCCUUGCCCCUGUCAGAGGAGCACACCCCAUCGCUGCCCAUUCUGGAUUUGUUCUCUAGUGCUCUUUGACUCUGCAGCCUCCCGGGUACCACAGCAGCCUCCGAAAAACAGCAGGGCUUUGUGAAAGCAGUGUGGAGACCGCAGCAGGAGGAGGCCAGUAGACCCUGUCCUGGUACCAUGGAGCUUCCUGGUUACAGCAGGCAGCUGCUGCAGCAGCUUUAUGCUCUCUGCAAAGAGCAGCAGUUCUGUGAUUGCACCAUCUUCAUUGGGAAUGUUCACUUUAGGGCACACAAGGUGGUUUUGGCUGCUGCCAGCCUGCUUUUUAAAUCCCUGUUGGACAGCACAGACACCAUCUCCAUCGAUGCUUCUGUGGUGACCCCUGAGGAGUUCGCGCUCUUGCUGGAGAUGAUGUACAGUGGCAAACUCCCACUGGGGAAACACAAUUUCACCAAAGCUAUCUCUGUGGCAGAUAGCCUGCAGAUGUUUGAUGUGGCUGUUAGUUGCAAAAACCUUCUCAGGGACCUCAUCAGCUGUUCUACUCAGGACCAGGUAGUGAGCGAAGUCUCCAGCCAGGUGGCAGACUCAUCUGAAAACCAUGCUGAAGCUAAUAACCUGCCCCAGUCUGAAAAACCUGAUGAAGGAAAAACAGAUACCCUCCUCCCACAGAAAGUUUCCCCUUUUCCUGGCCCUGAAGAAGCAGAAAUGGAAGCAGAUGUUUUUCCUCCUGGCCAGGAACUUACUGUGAAUCACACGUGGGUUCACCAGGAUGGGAUGUCGAGUGACUCCAGAUCCCUCCAGGAGGACCCAAGCUCUCAUCCUGAUCAGGCUGCCCGUGCUGAGCAGGGUGGCUGUGCAGAAGAGGAGCUUCCUGAGCCUCCAGAGGAGAAAGGAGGAGCAAGGAGGGAUUUAGCAGCAGACAGCAAAAGCUGUAAACUGGAUUUCCUUCUUCGAUAUGAAAGCAUUUUCUCUGAGGCCCUUUCUGAUGCCCGGGCUGUGCUGAACAGACUAGAAGAGUGCAGAGAAAUUGAUGCCUCUCAAAAGGAGGCUCUGGUUUCCUGCCUGGCAGAAACAGGGGAACAGUCAGUGUUCAAGAAGCUGCUGAGCAAAGUGAAGGAUGCUCAGCCCCUGGAUACUCAGCCCCUGGAUGCUCAGACCCUUGUGUCUUUACUGAAGCUGUUUCAAGACACAAACCCCAAGCUGAGAGUGGCUUUGCUGGAGAGGCAACAGGGCAGUGGAGAAGCCCUGCAGCAAGCAGAGAGCACAGAUGAGGGAGAGACGCUGACUGCUCGCUUGCUGGAAUACAGGGAGGAGCUGAUCCAGAGCGUGACACAGCUGAGCCCCAUCCUAGAGUUCUUGGAGGCAGCAGAAGAGGGAUUCCUGACUGCCUCGGAGAAGCGGGUGGUUUUGGAUUGCUGUGGAGGCAGCUCUCAGAGGGAAGCUGUGGACAAUCUACUCAGGAAGGUGGAUGAAGAGAAAACCCUAAAAGUGGAAAGUUUGGUCAAACUUCUUGGGGCUGUGAAAGCAUCAUUCCCUGGUCUCCACCUUCUGCUAGACAACUUGGUGGCAACAGCAAACGUCUCUGAUGGCAAAGCUGAAUGGAGCCCAGAGGAUUAUGGAGCCAAACUGUUGAGGCAAUACCAAGAAAACUUCGUGGAGCUCCUCACAGACAGUGAGGUGCUGCUGGAGGGCAUCUCUGCUGCACAGAGCCUGGCUCCUGCUGAGAGGGAGGUGAUGGAGCAGGUUGUGAAGUGUGGGGCCGGUGGCUUUGCCCCCCUUGCGUCGGCAGCGCUGGAGGAUCGGUCCUUGUCCGUCUGUGCCAUCUGGCAGCUGCUUCUGGCUGUGCAGGGGCCUGCGCCGCUGAGCCUGCUCAUGGAGCAGAUCCGGAAACAACCUGGUGCAGAGCUCUUCUUCCAAGCAGUGGCCAACAGCGAGAGCACAGCCAUUGAGAUCAUCCUGAGGCACAGCAAGCUGAUCUCAGAGGCCAUCCAGAAGAGAGGGGACCUGGAGGGCUUGGCCCCGUGUGAGGCAGGACUCACAGAAGCAGUAAAAGAGCUGCUGAGUAUUUCUGCUCAGAAGGAAAGUUCAGAGGCUUCCUUGAAAGCAGCUCUGAGCACAGCCCAGGAGAAGUCUGUCCUGGCCGUCAAGAUCUGUCAGCUGCUGUGCAAUGUCCAUGAGUCCUUCCCAGACCUGCAGCCAGUGAUGCAGGAGCUGGGGCAUGCAGGUCUCUUGACUGAGGGAAGUGGGGAGAAGCCUGGGAUUAGGAAGUGGAAGGUGAACAGUAAAUCCCAAAUUGAAGCUCUGGACAAAGAUGAGGACAAGACAGGAGGUGCUGGUGCCAAGGAACCAAAGGAACCCCAAGAAAAACCUUCUUCCAAGAAGAGUUUUGUCUGCAAAGCCUGUGAUAAGACCUUCCAUUUCUACUGCCGCCUGAAGGUGCACAUGAAACGUUGUCGGGUGGCCAAAGGGAAGCAAAUGCAGUGUAAGGAGUGCAGCGAGGUCAAAUCGACGAAGAAGGAGCUGGAGAAGCAUCAGCUGGAGGUCCACGGUGUGGUGGGGGUGGUCAAGAAGAAGAAGAAGCGGCUUCCUGUGACAUGUGACAUCUGUGGCCGAGAGUUUGCUCAUGCCUCAGGGAUGCAGUACCACAAGCUGACAGAGCACUUCGAUGAGAAGCCCUUCUCCUGCGAGGAGUGCGGGGCCAAGUUUGCGGCCAACUCCACGCUGAAGAACCACCUGCGGCUGCACACCGGGGACCGGCCCUUCAUCUGCAAGCACUGCCUCAUGACCUUCAUGCAGGCCUCGGCCCUUGCCUACCACACCAAGAAGAAGCACGCUGAGGGGAAGAUGUACGCCUGCCAGUACUGCGACGCCGUGUUCGCCCAGUCCAUCGAGCUGUCACGCCACGUCCGGACACACACCGGGGACAAGCCCUACGUCUGCCGGGAGUGUGGGAAAGGCUUUCGCCAGGCCAACGGGCUCUCCAUCCACCUCCGGACCUUCCACAACAUUGAAGAUCCCUAUGACUGCAAGAAGUGCCGGAUGAGCUUUGCCACCCUGCAGGAGCACCGCAAGCACGUCCAUGAAGCCCACUCCCGGGAGUACCACCCCUGCCCAACCUGCUCCAAAGUCUUCAGCGCCCCAUCGCUCCUGGAGCGCCAUAUGGUGACCCACGUUGGGGGAAAGCCCUUUAGCUGUGAGAUCUGUGACAAAGCUUACCAGCAGUUGUCAGGGUUAUGGUAUCACAACCGGACCCACCACCCUGAUGUCUUUGCAGCUCAGAAUCAUCGCUCCUCCAAGUUCUCCUCCCUGCAGUGCAGCUCCUGUGACAAAACUUUCUCCAGCACCGCUGCUCAUCGAAAGCACGUCAAGGCAGAGCACACAGAUGUGAAGUUCCAUGAGUGCGAGACGUGCAAGGAGCUCUUCCCCACCUUGGCCCUCCUGCAGGUCCAUGUGAAGUGCAGGCACUCAGGCUCCCAGCCCUUCCGCUGUCUGUACUGCUCCGCAUCCUUCCGCCUCCCAGGGGCCCUGCAGAACCACGUCACCAGCAAGCACUUCAAGCAGAAGGAGAGCACCUUCCCCUGUGAGCUCUGUGGGGAGCUCUUCCCCUCCCAGGGCGAGCUGGAGGAGCACUACAAUGCUGAGCACCCCAAGAUGGUCUUCUCCCAAGCCACCACAGCCCAGAUUGUGCAGGUGAUUCAGACGUCGGAGCAAGGAGCAGCAGAGCACAUCAUCUCUUUUGAUGACGCCCAAGGCACUGGCUCCCAAGUCUUUGUGACAUUGCCUGAAUCUCAAGUGAGCCAAACUAUCUCUGAGCUAGUGGCAGUGACCAUGGAGGACUUGUUUGAUGACAAAGUCAUGCUGAUUUGUGAAGAAACCAAGUGAGAGUGAGCAGCGGGUGCCCAUGCAGGGUCCCUGGUAUCCACUGGGCUUAUUCAGGAGCUGUACCUUAACGUGCUGCUCCAGCAAGGAGGUUCAGGGUUUCCUUGGGAAUGUGACAUUGCAAAGAAAUGGCAUGCGGCAAGUACAGCAUGGCCAAGGACAGGAGAGGUUUGUAGACAUUCACAAGGGCCUGGGACAUCUCUCUGCAGACAGCACCUGCCAGCUCAGGUGAGCUGGACCACCCAUCUCUCCCAGCUCAAGAGAAAUAAAGCAGCAAAGGAAAAGAUGGAAAUUGAGCGUGUUCACAUGUGUUCCUGCACUGCUGUGGACCAGAGUGGAGGGAGGAGACUAAUGAGGACAAAGUUGCGGUGGUAUGAGUAUUGUGAAAGCAAAGAAAAAGCUGUCCUGAGAAUUUGGGGUGGAGAUUUUUAUAGCUGAAUCAGUGAUGUGCUCGCAGGUGUCUGCUGCUCUGCAGGGUGCAUAAGGGCUGCUUUGUUUCUUCUUUUGCUCUCCCCUGUGCCACUGUGCUGCCUGUUGUGCCAGCUAGAGAAGCCCUCCAGUGCAGCGUUUGGGACUCUCUACUGAAGCAGACACUUCUUGUGGGUUGUGCUAAAUGGCUCUGGAGCUGUUUAGGUGAUACCUUGUGUAGCACAAGUCUGAUCCUAUGCAUGUUUUGCAUUUGUCUGUUAGGAAGGGUCACAGGCAUGUCUGGGCAUCCAUGUCCUCUCAGGACAAACAUCCCUGAGCCCUCCUACCCCCCUCUAAAUCACCAGGACAUGCUGAAGCUGCCCGAUCUGAGAAGGGAGAAGGAGCUGUGCCUGCACCCCAGGGCCCCUCGCUGCUGGUAUCAGUGGAUUGCCACUAGUGAAGGUAUUUCUGAGUGUGCAGUAGCUGCAGUGACUGCACACAGAUGUCCCCCUGGCACACAGGGCAGUGCUUUGUAAAAUGCAUUCAGAUACCUACUGUAAAGUUUGCCUCUCUGGUGCCAGCCCGAUGCAACAGCUUCAUUGCAGCACGCUGGCCCCUUUAAGGCUAAAUUUCAUGACGCUUUUUUAUCUUCAGUUUCCUAAAAUAUAAUCUGAUAAUUAAUGGUUUGCUGAAUCCAUUAUGAAGUGCAAUUAGAUAGAUGCAGGGUUCCUGUGGCUCUAAGGGGACUGGUAGCAUUUAUCUUCCUUUCCCUCAUGCCAAAAGGUUGAACUCUGCCACUGUGGUAUUUACAUACUGAGCGGUGAUCCCUGAGCAGCCCCGUUCCAUUGCACUGCCCGGAGCCACGGGAGCACAGGAGAGGAACAGAUUGGAGUUUUCCAGCAGCAUCUCGUGCUGGCUGCUCACAGGCACCAGGCAGAGAUGGUUGCUGAGGUGGUGGUGCUAUGAGAGAGGUUUGUUCCUGUUACAACUUGGAGAGAGGUGAACAGCAAGGGAUGCUCCCAGGAGAGGGGCUUGGAGGAACUGGUUUGGUGUGUAUGGCAGCAAGCAUAUGACUGUUGAAGUGUUGUGCUUGCCUUGAAGGGUUCCCACCUUUCUCUUCCUCAGUUGCACGCACAGUUUGUCCCCCAGACUUUGCAGUAAUGGUGAAAUGGAGGAAGCAUGAGGUUAAGUUGCCACUGAAUCCAGGGAUGACCAGGAGAUGGUGCUCAAGGUCUUGAGGAUUAGUGCUAAUGGCCAGGUGCCUCUGCACCUUUGCUGAAGCUCCUCUUGGCCUUCCUAGGCCUUCCCCAGCUCCUGGACUGGCAGGGAGAGUCCUUAAGCUGCUGCAAAGCUGAAGGACAGCUCCAAGCCCUGGGCAGGACACCUACAAACCCUGGAUAUUGCUGCUUAAAUGAGAGGCUGAAACUGGGCUGUGGCCACCUGUGGAGAGGGUAAAAUACAUGCGUUACUGAGGCAAAGCAGUGAAAAAGCCUGGGACCUUCCUUGGCCAGGAGAAGAGCAGAGGUGGAAGUGCUGAAGACAAUCUCAUGCCUGCCUGGGCACAGGAGAGCUCUGUGUGGUGAUGAGCAUGGGAAUAAUGACAGGAUGAGCAAGUACAUCUUGGUGGUCUCAGAGCAGAUGUGGUGGAUUUUGUCCUGCAGGCUGAUAGAGGUGGAAGCUGUUCCCCCUUUUCUGGCACCCUGGGGCUGGGAGCUGGGGAAAUCCUGCACAGGCUGCUUGAGUGCUCUGGAGCAGGGGUGAAUUGUCCAGGCAAUGCUUUGCAAAGUCCUGGCCUUUGUUUGAGAGCCAGUAUCUGCAGGGUUGAAGAUGAUUUCCCUUUGUUCCUGAAAAAAUCUGGAGGAAGUGGAAAGAUUUAGCAGAGCUUGUGGAGAAGUUGCCUUAUAUAUCGCCCUCUCAUAAGGCAGAGGGAGCUUGGCUAGUGAUGCAUUUUGGCAUUGAUCCAUUUGCUCCCUUUUGACCAAGCAUUGUCACAGGUGAAGGGGAAUGGUGUCAAUCACACAUCAGGUGCAAUUCAGGCUUGUGUCCCCCAUUUAGGGCCAUUUCUCCUGCCUUGAUGCCCUGCAAGAGCCUGUGUGGACAUGUCCUCGGCAGAGUCCUGCCAGCAGUAAACACCCAGUGAGAGCUCUGCAGCUGUACCAUCAAGCAUCUCCCAUAUCAUUAUGAGGAGAUAACAACUCAAAUUCCCCCAUUCCAGUUUCUUCUUGAUGGAUGAAAUGUGCACAUCAGAGCAAAUUGCAGUGUUAGCAACACCUCUGUCGUACCUGGGAGGAAGAUGCGUUUCCCAGGGCACAUCCUGGUCUCAUGUGCAUCACGUUGAAGAUCCUGAUCACUAGAGAUUUCUUGUUGUGCUGCAUCUUCUUUUUUUUUUUUCUCUGUAAAAAUAAAACACAGAGAAGGAAAGAUGUGGUUACAGAUUGUCACGUGAAGCACUUGAUUGGAAGGUAAAGUGCUUGUUUCUGGGAGUGUGAUUUUUGCAGGUUUUCUCCUAGGUGCUGGAUGACCCACGGAGGUUUGUCAGGUCCUGUGCCCCUCUUGACCUUGGUGCCAUCCCUUUUAAGGGAGCAGAGGAGCUAUUGUCACCUCAGACUGGAGCAUGGGACCAUCCUGCCCUUCUCUGUGUCCUCCACAUGCUUUUGGGAAAAGGGCAGAACGCCUGUAACAGCAGCCUGGGGAGUAACAUCCCAUGAGGACAUUAGAUCAGAUAAUGAUUUCUCUAUCUCCAUGCAUUAAUUGGUAGCAUUUAGGGUGCAGGACUAAGCUUGUGGCUGUUAGGAAAUGUCUGUUCUCUGCCCAACUUUUACUGUGGCCUGGCGUCUGCCCUGUUCACGGGAGGAUCCUUUGGAAAAAGGCAGGAUGCCACUAGGCAGUGGCUGUGAGCAGCCCUCACUUUGCAUUUCCCAAUGCAAAAUGUGCUUUUGCAGGGUGUUAUUGUAACACAGCGUAUGCAAGUUCAGUGCUGCUGCCUUGCCCAGGGGCAAGGGAUGGAGGUGGCAGGAGCAUGGGGAUGGUGCUUGAAGCCCCUCCUGUGGGACAGGAGGAGGAGAGCAGGUACCAGCGGUCUGAAACCCUGUGUGUGAGUGGGGCAAGCCCCGGCUGAUGCUGAUCCUGGCAGAUUUCAUGAUGGGUCUGUCAGGCUGCUGGCACAUCCGCAGCGGAUUCAAGCACUGGAGGAGGGAAAUGAUGUUUUCGAUGGGCUCCAGCUUUCGAUGGGAACGCCGCGCGGUGUUCCGCAGGGCAGAGAUGAGACGCUUCAGCAACCAGAGGCAAUUCCCUCUCCCAAACACCGGCGGUUUGCUGCAGAUGGGGAGAGCCGAGGCGCUGCCCUGGGAGAUGGGCUCAGUAACCUUUGCAGCAGGGAGGAGCAGGCUGCUGAUGGAGGGACUCGGCUGUCUCUCCAGCAUCAGUUAAUGUGUCUAAUCCUGCGACACAGUCAGCUGUACAGUGCUUCCUUGCAGUCAGUUGCCACGAUUCCUAAUUUCCUGUGUUAAAGCAGCAGUUCCUUUUAUCAGGUCUCCAACCAGCCUUUCGUACAGAGGGUGAAAACAGAAGCUCUCACUUUGCCUUCCCCGCACUGUGUAUGAUCACUCAAAGCAGGAAAUCUGCCCAGGUUUCUAAUCAUAUUUAAACAAACCUGAUAAAGUGUAGCUCUUAGUUCAUUUAAUAUGAGGCACACGGAUGCUGUAUGGUGCCUGCUGUUAAAUUACUAUAUAUAGCUCUCAUCUACAAUUGGGAUGGGGUUGGGAAGCACCCAUGGGUCAGACCAUGGCACCUGUUUCUGUGACCUGCAAGGAAACAGAAAGUCCUUGUUGGCAAAGCGUGUGGAGGAUACAGGGGCUGGAGGAGUGAUAAGGAGCAGUGGGGAUCCAAAUUGCCAGGCACGUGCAUGCAGCCAAGCUGUGUGUGCCUUACCAUCACUAAAUGUCAGGCUGUGUAUCUGGGAAGAGGUGAUGCUGGUGCAUGGAGAGAGGAGGGGACCAUGGCCAGGAUGUCUGAAAGCAUCCUGAGGUCUGCUCAAGGUAACUGGGGCCAUAAGUGACAUUUGGGGGCUUUAGUAGCUGCUUUUGGCAGGAGUCAGGAGGUGUUUGCUGCUGCCCCUGCUCUGAGCGCCGCUGCAGCUUGAUGCCAUUCCCAUACAGCUGCUUAGCCACAGCCAUGUAAGACAAGUAAAUGACAAACUGGAGGCUGUGCAGGAAACAAAUGACAGCACGAGUCAGGAGCUGGAAAAUCUGCCUUAUUGCAUGAGAGUGAAGCAGCAGUAAUUGCUUGGUGUGGGUAAGGAGUGACCUAGGGCAGUCUUCACCCCCUGCACUGUGUUCAUUCCUGUCUCUGGACUCCAGCAAAGGCAAAGUGCUGAAGGGCAUCAAUGCUAGCAAGGGUCCAGCUGUACAGAGCACAAAUGCUUAGAUUUGCCUUAUUUCUCUUCCCCUCUUGGAUGCCUUGGAGAUGCCCAGCAUUGAGGGCAGUCCUUUUCAGACAGUGACCUUUUCACUUCUAACAGGAGCAGUCGGUCCCUGUCUUGUUCCUGGGGAGCUCAGGGUCAAGUUGUUGGCUGAUAUUUCCUUCACCCCCUGGAUCAGGGAUACUUAGAGCCCUGCAGCAUAUGGGAAGCCUGGUCUGGGCAGGCUGUCUGCUUGUGUUCUUCUUUGUGCUUUCCAGACCUUCUCCCAGUGGCCCCAGAGCCUCUUGCAGAUGGGGAGGGCUGGCCAGGGUGGGUCUGCUGCACACAUUCUCACUUGGAGCACAUAGUAGCUGCCAACAAACGGGUCUGUGCAGAUAGAUUAGAUCUUGUUUCGUGCCGUGCAAAAUCAUCUCAGCCCCCAGGUCUUCAGCCACUGGAGGCUUUCUGCCGGUGGUGGAGGUUGCUCUCCUCCUCUUGGCUGUAAUGAGGUGAGCAGAGCCCUGCCUCAGGUUUCAAACUGCCUGCGGAGAUAAUCCGUGCCCCUCCAGCUGCGCUGAGCCUGCUAUCGGGUAUGAUGAUGGCUUUCCCUGACGUGAAUCUGGCUUUUUCUGCCCAAGGAGGCCAAGGCCAUAUGCCACCAGCUCCAUGGCAUUGGCUGCCUUGGCCAGCACUUUGUUAGGGAAGAGAUGAGUUCCAGUCCUCAUCAGCUGCCUUCAUCCCUCCACUCUGCUGUGCUUCACCUGGACAAGGUCUCCCUGCAGGUUCACCCCAGCCCUCCACCACCUUCACCUGGUUUAUCAUCACUCAGGAGCAUCUUCCUCAAGGCCCAUUCCAUGGAGAUGGUGCAUCUCAAAGUACACUUGCCAUGAGCCCCAUGCAGGGCUUUGCUCUCUGUAGGGACUAUAUGUGGAUGCACAUCUGUGAAGUCUUCAGUUGCUGGUAAAUAACUCCCAUUCUGGCCUUCUGCAGGAGUCGCGAGGAGGGCUCUGUGCUGGGUGGAAGAUGGGUGGGAUGGAUGGAUGGAAGGACCCCUUGGCAAUUACAAACGCAUGAAUCGUUCCCUUUAUCCAACUUGUGUUGUAUUAAUUUCUUCCAGCUCAGAGGCUACAGCUGAGGCAGUAUUUAGAGCAGGGCUGCCCUGUCAGUUGGUACUUAAUGCCAUAAUAAUGCCAUUAGUUUAUCCCAUUGCACUUCAAACCUUGUUUCUUUUGACUCUGAGCAUUUAAUACCGGUUGGUAUUGAGCUGUCCAGUGACACACGGGGUUUUUUCCAGCAUGGUGUAGAUGAUAGUGAAUUUGGUGAUACGCAGGAGUAGAUCAGAUGAUCCCUGUGGCGUGUGUGAACUUCCAUUUAUCAACAGUACGUUUUACUCGCAGCGAAUCUGGUCUCUGUUAGCAGUGAAUUCCCUCUGCAGCUCCCUACAGCCUCUCUCAUCGACUAACCCAGAUAAUCCUCAGCUAUCUGCCACAUCUCUGUAGAUCUAUUAAACACACAAAAGUUCUGGUGUCCUUGUGCGUAACCAGGGUAGGUUGCAAGAUUUUAAAUCCCCCAGUGCAGGAUACUGUCAAAGUUUUAUUGAAAGCCUAAAUAAAUAAACCACUUUUACUCA